AUGGCAACUCAAAAAAAGGCUCAAGAUCUCUGGGAACUAUCAGAACAAGAUUGCUAUGUCGCUCUGACUCACGAUCAUCUCAAUGCCCAGGCCAUCAUGGACCAAGUGCGCAGCCCCUCAGCUGGCGCAAUCGUGCUAUUUGCAGGUACCACUCGUGAUAACUUUGCAGGAAAGCCAGUGAAGGAGCUACAAUACACAGCUUAUCACCCCAGAGCUCUCAAGUCCAUGAUGGCCAUUGCAAAGGACGUUCGCGAUAAGCAUGGUCUCCGCGGGGUAGCCAUGAUCCAUCGCCUCGGACCUGUACCUAUCGCAGAAGAGAGCAUACUAAUCGCCGUCUCUUCACCUCAUCGACAAGCGGCGUGGCGAGCUGGUGAAGAGGCGUUGGAAGAAUGUAAAUCCAAAGUUGAGGUUUGGAAACGUGAGGAGUUUGAAGGUGAGGAGGGGAUAUGGAGAGCAAACCGAGACGGAGCUAUCGGACAGCGUGAAGAAAGUUGA